AUGUUCAUGUUCUCAAUGCCAGGCAAGCAAGAACAAAGCAAACUUGUCCUGCAAAAUGUGACUGAGACACAUUGGUAUCCCUAUACCAAAUAUAUGUUGGCGUGCCUGGAGUAUGAAAAUGGCAAUUAUAUUGAUGCAUUGAUGCUGCUGGGGAAAGCUGCAAACACGGUAGUGGUGGACAAUGUCAAAUUAAAGUCUCUUCAUUCCAGUCUCAUAGGAGCUUGCUUCUCAAAACUGAAUAAGCAUCACUGUGCCAUAGAGAAGUACAAGGAGGCCCUCAUACAGGAUUUCAGCUACCUCUGGCCACUAUACUGUCUGUCCCAAGAAUACCAGAGUCUUGGUCUACAUGACGCUGAGCUGGAGUCUCUCAAUCUCCUCAUUACUGCUUUGGAAAAUGAGAAGCAGGAAGAGAGACAGUGUUUGCUGCAUCGCUGCCUGAGUCCUUGUCACCAACAGAUCACACUCAUCCAGGCCCAAUAUCUGCUAGCAAAACGCUGUCUGCAGCUUCAAAAAUUUGAUGCCGCUUGUCAAAAAUAUCUUGACUUAUUAAGUUGCUUGCAUCAGAUUGAUAAUUUUAAGGCAGGAGGUAGCAGUGAGGUGAGAUUACCAUCAGUAGUACAGAUAUAUCAGGAAGUUGAGUAUUCCUUACUCCAUGCCAAGCUUUACACAGACUGUAUCACUGUCUGUGAUAGAGUUCUCUCAUGUGAUGCUCAGUCUCAGGGUCUCUCAGCUUACCAUAGUGACCAGUCACAAGACCAGUCAAUGUUAAGCUCACAGAUGUUUCAAAAUACCCAAACUUUUCAUUUGUCUGGGUCACAACAAAGGAAGAGGUUGAGGUCUGACAGUGGAGAGUUGUCUGCUCCUGUUGCUAAGGAAGACACCAGGAGCGUUUUGUAUAAGGCUGAUGCCCUAGUACAUCUGGGACAGUUAGAGAGUGCUGCCAUCUGCCUAGAAAGAUUAGAGGAACCUUUGUCUCCCUGUAACAUUGACACUCCAUCAUCUCAGGAAAGUGAUGCAGGGUCAGAACCUCACAGCAAAAGAAAGAGACUGGACUCGGAUGGCACUGCAGUACCAUGCAAGUGUCCUCCACACAGUGGACGUCUUCCACUCCUUUCAAUCAAGCGUACAGCUGCCGAGGUGUACAACCAUUUAGCAGUAGCCAAGUCUCAGAGUCAGAAUCAUAAAGAUGCAUUACAUUACUUUAGAGUCAGUCUUCAACUUCAUCCAGACAAUGAAACUGUUAUGUACAACUUGACCAUUGUGCUGCGGUUAGUACAGAGAGAGCGUGAGGGUGCGACCACCUGGAUUAAGUACAGGCACCUAGGUGUUGGAUCAGACAGCUUUCAGCAGGCUAAUAUUCUCAGGAGGAAGAAACAACAGCUCAGGUCAUCGGAUACUGAAGAGACCGACCAAGGGUCAGCGGAUCUGGUAUGGGACAGUGUGAAUGACCAUCAGAUGUUAAAACUGGAUGUUGAAUGCCUGGAGACACUGAUUAGGUCUUAACAAUAAAUGUACAUCUGUAAUGAGGAAUGUGAUAUAACACACCUGGUCAUUUACUUGUUCAAUUAUUACAAUACUUUCUUGAUCAUGUAUGGGUGGGACAACCAGCUGGGUCUGUUUGUAGUGGGAAUAUGCAACAUGUAUAGUUAGCUGACCACAGAAUAUGGAGCCAAGUUUUACAUGUAUUUGAUCAACUUGUAGGUGUGUAGUCAACUAGCUGACCACAGAAUAUGGAGCCAAGUUUUACAUGUAUUUGAUCAACUUGUAGGUGUGUAGUCAGCUAGCUGACCACAGAAUAUGGAGCCAAGUUUUACAUGCAUUUGAUCACAGGUCUACCCGAUGCACAACUGGAAAACACCUGGUAGAGCUCUAUCAGCAUUUGCUUUGUUUUUGACCAUCUUGUGUUGUAUUUAUGUACAGUACAGUAUU